UUAAAACUACAUUUAUGUUGCAUCAAUGGCCACAAAAACAUAAAUUAAGUGUAUUUUCCUUUAUAAUUAAGUGAGAUUUUUCUCCUCUUGUUUUUUAGUGUUAAGACACACUUUAUUUGUCCUCCUAUUCAAAUUCUUUGGCUCCACGAUAUCAAGUAUCAAUGUGGAUACAGGGGCGGAGACACCAACAGCAGAUUUCUGGAUUCGAAGUGAACUUCCUCCUCUUUCUGUGUGAAGCUAAAGCUCACUUACAGAAUGAGGUCCGGCAGUCUGAAAGGACUGCUGACGGCGUUCGUCUCGGUUUGGGCUUUGUUUUACCUGAACUCCAUAAAAAGGGAAGUUCGGGACUAUUCGGGAAAACUCCAGAAGGCCCGGCUCAACGACUCCCUCAGGGGUCACGGCGUCCUGCAGAGGAUGAGCAAGAUCGAAGCAGACAUCGGCAAGCUGGUCAGUCUGCUGGAAAACGACAAGCAGAAAACAGUGAUGGAGGCAGACAGGAAGGAGGAGAAGAAGCCGGUGGGGAAACUUUAUCCAGACUCUCCUCUGUUUCGAAAAUGGGGGGACCACCUGUCGGAGGAAGAGCAGAAAGAUGCUGAGAGUUUAUUUAAGAAAUACGGCUACAACGCUUACCUGAGCGACAGGCUGCCGCUCAGGAGAGAGAUCCCCGACACCAGGCCUCCCAGAUGUGCAGAGAGGAAAUAUCCAGAAGAGCUGCCGUCCCUCAGUGUUGUCCUGAUCUACCUGGAUGAAGCUCUUUCCAUCAUCAAGAGGGCCAUCCGCAGCAUCGUGGACAAGACGCCCGCCCGUCUGCUGACGGAGAUCAUUCUGGUCGAUGAUCACAGCACCAAAGAGGAUUUGAUGCAGAAGCUGGACGACUACAUCAGCUUGAUUCAUGAAGAGCGUCCAGGCCUGGUGAAGAAAGUGAGGCACGCCGAGCAGCUCGGCCUCACGCAGGCCAGACUGUCCGGAUGGAAAGUAGCUACAGGAGACGUGGUGGCCAUCUUGGAUGCUCACAUAGAAGUCCAUGUACAAUGGGCAGAACCCCUGCUGGCUCGGAUUAAAGAGGACCGCACAGUGAUCCUCUCUCCAGUCUUUGACAAAGUCAACUACGAUGACUUUGCUGUGGUUCCUUAUCCUCCUCACGCUCACGGCUUCGACUGGGCUUUGUGGUGCAUGUACGAAUCCUUCCGACCGGAGUGGUACGCCUCAGGGGAUAAAUCACUGCCUGGAAAAAGCCCCUCAAUCAUGGGAAUACUUGUUGCUGACCGUAAAUUCUUUGGGGAGAUCGGCAGUCUUGACGGGGGAAUGAAAAUCUACGGAGGAGAAAACGUGGAGCUGGGAAUCCGGGUGUGGCUGUGUGGAGGCAGCAUAGAGAUCAUUCCUUGCUCUAAAGUUUGCCACAUUGAACGCUAUAAAAAACCGUAUCUGCCGGACCAGAGAGACGUGAUGAGACGUAACGCUCUGAGGGUGGCGGAAGUCUGGAUGGACGAGUACAAAUCCAACAUCAACAUCAUCUGGAAUCUGCCGAUAUCCAAUCAUGGGAUUGAUAUUGGAGACGUGUCGGAGAGGAAGAAACUCAGAGAGAGAUUGAAGUGCAAACCCUUCCAGUGGUAUCUAGAUCACGUUUACCAGUCGCUGCAACCAUUAAAUGGCGUGAUUGCAUAUGGUGGUCUGACCAAUGAGCUGUCGCCAGAAUUCUGCGUGGACCAAGGCCCGAUGCCGGUGCACACACCAAUACUAUAUUCAUGCCACUUCUUGUCAAGUCAGCGCUGUUAUUAUCACACUGAUGGAAAAAUGUUCGUCGGUUAUCUCAUUUCCCACAAAAAUGUUAAUAAUAACUGCCUGGUGGACCUUAACUCUGGCAUCUAUCCGCACCUGUGCGAUUGCAAAAUGGCCCAAGAGAAAAAAUAUCACAUGUUGUGGGAUUUUAAUCAGGGAGGAGCGAUCCGAAACAGAGACACAAAGAGAUGUCUAGAGGUCACGAAGGGCGGAGACGGAUCCUUCAAACUGGUUGUUCAGAAGUGCAGCGGUCAAAGCUGGAAGAUACAACAUGUGACGGAUCGAUUGAUACGGAUUUGAAGCCUUAGCUGUCAGUCCGAACGUCUUUCAAGUUGAACAGGAUUCUUUGGGGUCUGCUCGUCACGAAUGAUCCGACACGAAGUCGUCCCAUUUGCUCUGCCACAUGGCGAGACCCGCGUCCUUCAAAUGAGG